GUCUCUAAGGUGCCACAAGUACUCCUAUCAUCAGAACAAACUCCUACGGUGUGGCUACCUUACAGAAGUUUACCAUGUUUGAACACAGUUGUGAAGAAUCAGCCUUGCUGGCCUGAUGCUGACCAUGACCUGGUGCCCAGUGUAUAGAUGAAGAAAAAUCAUAUUCGGUAUUGUGUGUGCUACCCACAGUCAAACCCUGCAGAUUAUAGCUUCAGAGAAGCACCUAAUUUCCAGUCUCUGAAAUCUUUCUUGGGUGUUACGUGUUCCAGAGAGACAAAAGAGCAGAGCUGAGAAAUACAACAGACACAGUCACAUUUUGUGCCUGUUUUGGCCACUAACGAAUGAUGUGAAGAAUGCUGAGAGAUGUAAUGUUAUUGUGAAGUUACCCCUAUAAAAACCUCUAAAUUAAAAAAAUUGUUAAACUUUUAAACUUUUUUUUUUUUUGAGCAAGGAACUUUGAGAGUAAUUCCCAGAGUACUUUAUUCAGGUGCCAGGGGCAGAAGCUGAUUGGUCAUUCCCAAAAGACUUUAGAAAAGCCACAACCACUCUUUUGGCCACUCGGAUUCCCCCCUUAUGGAAUGCAACAAGCACCCUUCCUUAACUUGCCAUCACUACUCCUUGAGUUGCAAAACUAUACUGUUCCACUCCUACAGAAUCCCAUGUGGGAUGGGUGAUGGAACGCAGAGCCUUCUGCCUCCAGGGGACUGGUUUGACAAGGUAAAUGCUGUUACCAUCUAAUGGUGAUCUCAUGUCUUAUGUGAAGUGCCCAGACGGCUUGAGUCCCAUUCUUAGUGGCAAUAAAAAGCUACCAUCAGCACUGGCCUCCUUGUUGGCCAUCUGAACAACACAGAGGCAAAUGACUCAGGCCUUGAUCCACGAGGGAGGAGCUCUGUCUGUGUACAGCGUCAUUGACUUCCCUGGGACUAUGCAAGGGUGUAAGAAUCUGCCCGCAUGGAUCUGGCAAGAUCCGGGCCUAAAUGAGCCGGAAAGAAUGAACACACCUUUCCCUUCUAGGGGCGCCUCCCCGGGAUACAUUGACAAGGACAGUGUGCAGGAAGCAUACGCUGUCUCCCUAUAUGCUGUAUCUUGUCUAUAAUAAAUACAGGCCUUCAACCCCCAGGGCUGUCAAUCUGGCACCUUUCACCCCCAUCAAACGUACUUAAAACUGUAUUAAAAAUGGUUUAAAAAAUACAUCUGGACUGAGUCAUGGUAGACAAGGUUCCACCACCUGGGAGUGCUGUUUCUAUUCAAUAAUUUGUUGUUUGUUUCUUGUCAAAGUGAUCUGCAAAUUAUUCUUUUAAAAAUUAGGCUUGUUCCUUUAUUUUUGUUUCUUAUCAUUUAUAGAGAAGGCCUUGAAUUUUUUAAGUCAGCUGUGGUUUUUGCUUGGUUUUGCAAGGCCAGCAUCAUUAACUGUUUCACUUCUGAUAGUUUUAGCAGAAUUUCAGCUUUUCUGUAGUUGUGGGCAGAGCCUGGGCAGAUUACCACCACCAUUUUUACCAGUACGAGUCAUGCCAUUGCAUGACACUGCAGUAAGAUCAGCACAGCACAUGUAUGCAGAUUUAAAUUUUAAAUAGCACCCAACAUUCUUGCAGCCUUUUAAAAACUCAGAACAAAUCUUACUGACAAUAUGUAUGGCUGGAGAACAGACUAUAUUUUAGUGCCUAGUUGAGAUUAUUUUAAGUGUUUUUGUUCUGUUAUAAUGCAUGCAAAUUCUUCCAUAUACGCUCUGUCAAGUUUGUUCCAGCCUCCCAACCCAGUUUCCAAACGAUAGUGAAUCCCAACAUGCUGGGCCUAUGGCUUUCUGCUGGUGUCAGCAAAAUCACUCUUAGGCCUGGUCUACACUACGGGUUUAGGUAGACUUUAGCAGCGUUAAAUCGAAUUAAGCCUGGACACGUUCACACGACAAAGCCCUUUCUUUCGACUUAAAGGGCCCUUUAAACCGGUUUCUUUACACCACCUUCGACGAGGGGAUUAGCGAUAAAAUCGGCCUUUGCGGGUCGGAAUUGGGGUAGUGUGGACAGAAUUCGACAUUAUUGGCCUCCGGGAGCUAUCCCACAGUGCUUCAUUGUGACCGCUCUGGACAGAGCUCUCAAUUCAGAUGCACUGACCAGGUAGACAGGAAAAGCCCCGCGAACUUUUGAAUUUCAUUUCCUGUUUGCCCAGCGUGGAGAGCACAGGUAACCAUGCAGAGCUCAUCAGCACAGGUAACCGUGAUGGAGUCCCAGGAUCGCAAAAGAGCUCCAGCAUGGACCGAACGGGAGGUACGGGAUCUGCUCGCCAUAUGGGGAGAUGAAUCAGUGCUAGCUGAACUCCGUAGCAGUAAAAGAAAUGGCAAAAUAUUAGAAAAGGUCUCCAAGGCCAUGAAGGAUCGAGGCCAUAACAGGGACACACAGCAAUGCCGCAUGAAAAUUAAGGAGCUACGGCAAGCCUACCACAAAGCCAGAGAAGCAAAUGGAAGGUCCGGGGCAGAGCUGCAAACUUGCCGCUUCUACGCGGAGCUGCAUGCCAUUCUAGGGUAUGCAGCCACCACUACCCCAACCGUGUGCUAUGACUCCGUCAAUGGAGAAACACACAGGGAAGAGGGUUCGGGGAACGAGGAAGAUGAGGAUGGAGGUAAUGUAGGUAGCUCACAGCAGCAAGGAAGCGGAGAAACCAGUUUCCUCAACAGCCAGGAUAUGUUUGUCACCCUGGACCUGGAACCAAUAACCCCCGAACUCACCCAAGACCCUGAGGGCACACAGGGGACCUCUGCUGCAAAUGUUUCUCCUUCACAGAGGCUAGUGAACAUUAGAAAGAGAAAACGGAGGACGUGGGACGAUAUGUUCAUGGAGCUCCAGAUGUCCUUCCACGCUGAUAGAGCACAGCAGAAUGCGUGGAGGCAGUCAAUGUCAGACAUGAGAAAAGCACAAUAUGAACGAGAGGAGAGGUGGCGGGCUGAGUCGCGGGAUGAAAAGAGCAAGUGGCGGGCUGAAGAUGAUAGGUGGCGUCAGCUUGCAGACAGAAGGCAAGAGUCAAUGCUCCGUCUGCUGGAGCAUCAAACUGAUAUGCUCCUGCGUAUGGUUGAGCUGCAGGAAAGGCAGCAGGAGCAGAGACCGCCGCUACAGCCCCUGUGUAACCAACAGCCCUCCUCCCCAAGUUCCAUAGCCUCCUCACCCAGAUUCCCAAGAACACGGUGGGGGGGCCUCUGGCCACCCAGUCACUCCACCCCAGAUGAUUGCCCAAGCAUCAGAAGGCUGGCCUUCAAUAAGAGUUAAAGUUUUAAAAUGCAGUGUGUCCUUUUCCAUCCCUCCUCCCCCACCCAUCCCAGGCUACCUUGGCAAUUAUCCCCCUACUUGUGUGAGGAAUUAAUAAAGAAUGCAUGAA